ACCGAGGAGGUCAGUGAUGAGACGCUGAACGAGGUGGAGGCGGACAUCACUUCCUCGACGAGCCUGCGUAAGCGGCGCUACUGGCAACUCUACCUCGAGUCCAAUGGGUGGACGCGGGCCACCUGCGCUCUCAUGAGUUGCCUUUUCAGCCGCCAUCAGAUGGCCAACUCCACUGUAUUCGGUCGCCAAUCAGUCUGCGGCAAGAUCCGCAGCCGGCUGCCGGCCAAAUUGGUCCAUUUCAUUGUCAGUAAGUUUUAUUUCCAUCGAUAG